UAAUUGUUUUCAGGCUCUCAGUUUUAUUCUUUGUACAAUGGGAAUGAUAAUACAUUCCUCAUAGGUUGUGGUGUGGAGUAAAUGAGUUAAAACAAAGCGUGCAAGAAUGCACAUAGCAGAUAAUAGUGCUAUGACUUAAUUUUUUUAAUUUAACCUCAAAGAUAAAAUAAUAAGCUAGAAACCUAACAUACUACUAAUAAAAAAAGUUGAACGCCAAAGCUUCAUAUUUGAAAAUUAACUGCCUGGAGAAUCUCGAGAGGCUACUUUACAAAAACAUCUUACACCAAGUGACCCCAGAAUGUUCAUGAGGGCGUAUUCUACGGAAAACUACAAUUCCCAGAACACACCUAAACAAGGCCUGGGGAGUGGAACGCGCGGCCGCAAGGGAUCGUGGAUGGCAAGGUUCCGGGUGUGGAGAGAGUUUCACCUCCCAAGGGCGGGAGAGUCUUGGAGACCACCUCUCCGGUAGGCGGGACGAUAACUGAUGUGCGGCCAAUCAUCGAGCCAGUUUCUGAAAGCGCUGAGAAGUGGCGAAUCAGGACACAGCAGCUUCAUCCAGGCCUGGCGCGCGAUAAUUUGAAUACAGUGGCGGAGCAACAGGCUUGACUGAGGAGAAGUCGCGGGCUCCGAGGUGCAGGAGUUCAGUUAAGAAGAUGUCAGCUUUUACUCCAAGGAAAAGGAAGCAGAAUUCUUUGAAUUAUGACAGCCUAUUAUCAGACAUUCCAUCAAAGAAAUUAACUUUGGACUUUACCGAAAAUAUAUUUUCAUCACCUAAUAAACAACCUAUUUGCCAAAGCAGUGGUAAAAAUGAAGAAAAGGUGCCUUACUCUCAACAAGGCCAUGCCAUUUCAAGUCUGCUCCAAACACCUAAGAAAAAUAGAUUACCAUCUGCAAAUCAAGGCUCACCUUUUACAUCUUCUGUGUCUGCUGUAUCCUUUUACAACAAAAAUAAGUGUUACCUCAAUCCACUGGAAAGAAAGAUGAUAAAAGAGAGUAGAUCCAUUUGUGUAAAGACUAAUAAUGAAGCUAAGAGUUUUCCUGGUGUGACAGAAAAAGUACAGGGAAAACCAGUCCACUCCAAGAAAAUGAACAAAAAACCACGCAAGAGCUUAACUGCUAAGGGUCAACCAAGUUAUAAGUGCAUCAAGCCUGUAUCAAAGAAUUCUAAAAAUCCCAUGCAAAAUCGAGUGGUCUACAAACCAAGUGCGGAGAAAGAGAACAACUGUUAUUCAGCUGAGAAUAUGCAUGCUCCUAGAGUUCUAAGCCAAAAAGUCAAACCACAAGUAACACUCCAGGGUGGAGCAGCAUUUUUUGUUAGAAAAAAAUCCUCUCUUAGAAAAUUGUCUCUGGAAAAUAAGCCAAUCCUGGGACUCACUCAAGAGAAUAAGUCAGAAGUGAUUAAAGAUUCUGAUGUAGAGACUUUCAGUGAAAGAAAAGGUUUUGAGACAAAACAAGUGCCAAAGUCCUUGUUAAUAGAAAAGGAACUGAACAUUGAGCUGCUGGGAACAAGAAGUAAAAAUGAAGAGAAAUUAAUAAAGGAUUCAGGUGGAGUAGUUUCUUCAAGGGAACAUAAACCUGAUGGAAAUAAGUGUUUUCCUUUGGAAGAUUCUCACAGUGAGAACCAAGCAGUUUCUCCUGAGUUCACUGUCUAUCCCAUCUUCAGUCCGUCUUCAGUCAAUACAAAAAGAUCUCUAGUUGAAGAACAGUCUCCUUUGGGAUUCAACACACCUACUAACUUCUUGAAACAGAUCAAUACCCAGAAGAGUACUAAUGCCAGAGAUACCAAUAAAGAAACAAAAGACCAGCUUGUUAUUGACGCAGGCCAGAAGCACUUCGGAGCCACCAUGUGCAAGUCCUGUGGCAUGAUCUACGCGGCUUCCAGCCCCGAGGACGGGCUGCAGCAUGCUCAGUACCACCACAGGUUUCUGGAGGGAAUCAAGUACACGGGCUGGAAAAAAGAACGUGUAGUAGCAGAGUUUUGGGAUGGGAAAAUUGUGUUGGUUCUGCCACACGAUCCAAGUUACGCUAUCAAAAAGGUAGAAGACGUCCAAGAACUUGUUGACAGUGAAUUGGGCUUCCAGCAAGUUGUGCCCAGAUGUCCAAACAAAACCAAAACUUUUCUCUUCAUAUCUGAUGAAAAGAGAGUAGUUGGGUGUUUAAUUGCAGAGCCUAUCACACAGGCCUUCCGUGUCCUGUCUGAACCAACUGGUCCAGAAUCCCCAACUUCUCGAGAAUGUCACAGGGCGUGGCAGUGUUCAGAUGUUCCUGUCCCUGCAGUCUGUGGGAUAAGUAGAAUCUGGGUCUUCAGACUGAAGAGAAGAAAGCGCAUUGCAAGACGACUGGUUGAUACUCUUAGGAAUCGCUUCAUGUUUGGCUGUUUUCUCAGUACUGAUGAAAUAGCAUUUUCUGACCCAACACCAGAUGGCAAGUUAUUUGCAACCAAGUAUUGCAACACCCCUAAUUUCCUUGUAUACAACUUUAAUAGUUAAAGCCAGUUUCAACUAUGGAAGAGUUACUAUAUGAAUGAGUUCAGACAACUUAUAUAAUAACCAUUCAGCAAAUGUUAAAAACACCGAGGUGCACACACACAAUCUGCUGUUCCUUAUGAACUGAAAAGUCAGGGAUUUGUUAAAAAGUAUCUGGAGGUUCAAAGGAGAAAUCUUUGGAUGAUGUGCACUAGCACUCUGAAUCCUUAAUUCUGAAACUCCGUAGACAUAACUGGAAAAUUACUUCUUACGUAAGAACACUGACAAAGCAAGGUGGUUUCCAACAGAAAUGUGCCUGCUUACCUUGUAUGGAGCACUUUUGAAUCAGGAUUAUCUCAUCCUCAAUCAGAAGCAAACAGGCAAAUUUAAAGAUAAAAUUUUCACACCCAGUUUUUAAAGGUAGUUCCUGAAUUCUGUACCAGGAAUCUUCACCUUAUAGGUAGCUCAGUUUGAAUAUAUUUAGAAAGUUUUAAAUGUAUAAUUUCUAAUGGGGUAAGAUGGUAAAGACUUCCAUAUGCUUUUAUGUACAACAGAAUUCUAUAGUUUGUUUUCCUCUCUUUAAAAAUCAUUAAUUGAAAGCAGUUCUCACCAGAUUUAAUUAAAACUAAACUUAGUAA